CCAGAAUGCUGCCAAUGUGUAAACAAGGCAGCAGCCCAGCAGAUCCAAGGGGAGGGCCGUUGCCUGCUGCUGCUUUCUGAGUGCUCAUAAUUGUACAGGAUGGGGGAAAUCAGCUCAGGAGAGCUGAGGCUGGGUGGGAUGGUGGAGAUGUGCGCAGUGAGCAGCACAAAGCCAUCAGUCCCUGAGCGUGAUGAGCUCCCAGCGCUGGAAAUCAGACCCUGGGUAAUCCCCUCCGGCCCCGAUCCCCGUGGGAAAUAACCAUGGGGCCCCCCAGGGCUGGACACGAGCCCCCAACCCGACCAUGUCCCCACAGGGGUAUGGCACCGCUGCUGUGCCUUGCAGACGCACAGCUUCGCUCCCCAGCGCUCUCGAGCAUCCGAGUGGCCAUAAUUCCCCGGAAGGGGAUGGUAAUGAAUCAGCGUCGCCCCGGAACGAAGAAGAGGGGGAGAAAUAUGAGCGUGCCCUGCCUUCCUCUGCCCGUGCCCUGCGUGCUCGCGCUGUGCGGGGCCCCGGAGGGCGAGCGUGAUGCCCCGCGGCGGCUGAAGGCGCUGGGGAUCCAGGGGGGAGCCAGGGAGGGGCACGGGGACGGGCAGAGCCCAGCGCUGCUGCGCCCAUGGGGCUGGGGGCCUGGCUGCGCUCGCUUGGCGGCUGCUGCGGCUGCUGCGGCGGGGAGGCAGCAGCCCCUGAGAAGGAGCCGCUGCUCAGCAACAACAACCCGUAUGCUUCCUUUGGAGCCACGCUGGCACGGGAUGAGGAGCAGAACCUGUGGAGCACCCCACACGACGUGACCCACACAGAGGCAGAUGAUGACCGGGUGCUGUACAACAUGAUUGUGGGCCGGAGCCAGCUGGACAAGGAUUCCGAGGAAUGGCAAAAGCUCAACUACGAUAUUUAUACCUUACGGCAAACAAGGAAAGAAGUGAGAAGCAGGUGGAAGCACAUCUUGGAGGAUUUAGGUUUCCAGAAGGAAGCAGACUCCCUCUUGUCAGUGACCAAACUCAGCAUUGUCAGCGACUCUCAGAACAUGAGCAAAGCCCGGGACAUCCUGCUAAAGCUCUCUGAAGAGACAAACAUCUUUCCAACCAGCUGGGAGCUGUCUGAGCGUUACCUCUUUGUGGUGGACCGGCUGAUCGCUCUGGAUGCUGCAGAUGAGUUCUUCAAGCUGGCCAGCGUGGUCUACCCAAAAAGAGCCAGUAUGGAAAGAGUGGAUGAGAAGCACGCCCCUGCCAUGACGCCCUGAGGAGCAUGGGGACAGUGGGUUUGCCUUCCCUUGGGACCAGGCUCCUGUGCCAAGGGGCUGCAGCAUGAGUAGUGCUGUUCCCUGUUUCCCUGCCCAGUAGUGGGCUGGUGAUGCCCCACAGGGAUGGCACGGGAAUUCAGUCCAUCACAGUGUAGGGUAUGCUGUGUAGGGUAUGCAAAUAGGCACAGGGGAACCCUGCACCAGUAGCUGCAAACCAUGUCCCCAAUGACAGCACUGCGAGGACGUCUACCUUGUCACCUCCCAUGGGACCUUCGCCUCCCUCAGCCCUCAAAGCCAGGAAGGAAAAAUACCUCGCUCACCUGCAGCCUCAUGACAUUUCUCUGUGCAACAGUCCCGUUCUUUGUCCCCAGGGGCUUGGCCCAGCAGCUCAGAACAGAACUGACAUCAGCAUCCUGGCUCUGUUGGGUGCUGGGUCCCCAGCGAUGGGCAUCUCGAGGAACUCAUGUCAAGGGAUGCUCAGCCCAGCACUGUGAACAAAGGUGCAUUUUAGCAAGGCUCCGUGGUUGGACCUGCUGAGAAAUAUUCCUCCUGUAAUGUCCUUGGAUUGAUCACACCAACGUCUUCCUCCAUUUCCAAACGUCCAAGUCUUAACUGCAGUAAUAAAAAGCACCACAGAGUUGGUGGUCCGUGUGUAUGGUCAGUGCUGUUAAUGAAGAUUUUUAAAGGACACCCUUUGUAUCUUUCUUCUGUGUGUGUGUGUUAUGUGUCUGAUAGCAAGCAAUAAUUUUAAAACACUGGGUUUGCUUAUUUGACAACAAGUGGAAGUUCAGCACUGGUUAACAUUUGCUGCUAAUGGAUCAGUUGAAAAUGCUGGUUGCAAAGGAUCUCCCAAAAGAACAAAAUAGAGCUUUUAUUUGUUUAUAUCUACAGAGUUUGAGAUAUAUAUAUAUAUAUAUUUAUGAAAUGUUUCUGUUUGUCUGUCUUCCUGGGAAAUAUUUUUUGUCAGCUCUGGACAUCAUUGAAACCUGAAUUUAAUAAACAAAACCUAGCACAAAACCAAGGCUUCUUACUCUCUGUGAGCCCAUUGGGGCAGCUACAUUUAUCUCAGCUGCUGAUAGCAGAAGGG